AUGUUGGCCCUAGUGGUUGUCUUAUCUGCAGUUGGUUGUUUAAGCCAUUCAAUUUCAAAGAGGGAAAUACUGAUCAACAAACAAGUCGAUGAACUAAUAGAUGACUUCAAUUCGCUCGUCGAGUCAGGCGGGGUCCAAAGUCUUCCUAUCAGAAACUUUUUCAAAACAUUCGAGAAGAAGGUUGGAUUCGUCAAGCUCAAAGGUACUUUUGAGGUGAGCAAUGGAAACGUGCAGGAUUUGUCAACGAUCCAGAGGACAGGGGAUGCUACAGUGUCAGCGACCCCUACUACAGUCACUGUGACUCUUCACCUAGGUCUGCGAAACCUCCAGGUACACUACGAGAACUACAAGGCCACUCUGGAGAAGAUCAGCGUGUCUGGAGACGUGACCUUGGAUGUGGCGAAGAACUCUGUCUUCAUCCAGAUGACUUUCACCUUCGAGGAUGAAGAAUCCUGCAGCUCUGUUGUUGACCAUGCUUACAUAGAGGAAUUGGAUGGGUUCACAGUGUCAGUAUCAAACCUUGGUGUACUCGGUUGGACGUACGAGAAGAUUGUGGAGUGGGUCAUAAUGAUGUUCCGAGACGACUUGACCGAGCAAAUUCAAACUAGUUUGGCAAACAGGUUCAUCAGAAAACCGAAGAAUUCUUCAAGUAUAUGUGAAUUGGUAAGGUACAUUUAGUACUUUGAAAAAGUGUGUAUAUAAUAUUUUUCACUAUAAUGUACAAUCUUUUAAGCUAAUUUAAUUAUAAACUUAAAUGUACCAUUUUCGUUAAGUCAUUAUAGAUUUUUCCAAAUACAAAAACUACGGUGGACUGGAAGAAAAAUAUGUAAACUAUAGCAUGUUUUUUGUGUCAAUUAGGGAACUCAAAGAAACAGUAUGCUUAAAACUAUAAAAAAUCUAGUUCCACAUUUUUUUAUGUCAUUCAAACUCAUAUUUAUCCAACUAUCUUUUGAUCCAGCUUUACCUUAUAAAAUUGAACAUGCAUUAUGUAUAUAAAAUUUUGUUGUUUAAUAUAUAAGGUAAUUAGUUUGUGAUGUAACUCUUUGUAAUUAAUUGUCUCUUCUAACAUAUAUCUUUUGAUUUGUAUUACAAGUUUACCUCUGUAUUCUUGUGUAUCUUGCCUCAAAGAUUCAGCCAAGCGAGUUAACUUCACUUCAAAAGAGGAACGUGAUUCAUAAAGAGGCACAUAACUGGCUUUUAUUCUCAUUUCCUCAUCAAUCUUUCAUUUAAA